CUUGUGAUGGCCGCGCCUCCGUUUCUGCCGCAGGAUGUGUUCGUACCUCAGAACGGGCGGCGAGUGACCUGGUACUGCUGCGGGCCCACCGUCUACGACGCGUCUCACAUGGGACACGCCAGGUCCUACAUCUCCUUCGACAUCCUGAGGCGGGUGCUGAGGGACUACUUCCAGUUCGACGUGUUUUAUUGCAUGAACAUCACGGACAUCGACGACAAGGUAAUCCGGAGGUCCCGGCAGAGCAGGAAGUGGUUGGCUCUGGGGGUCACCUGCUGUGUCCUCACACGGCAGGGGCGUGGGUGCUGGCUGCGUGCUCUCAGGAGUGAGGCCUGGGCCUCUGCGUGUGACUGUCCUUGUCGUGUCCGCGGCUCCAGGCUGGCGUCAGGUCUGCCACACUUGCCCCGAUUUCUGCUCGUUUCCAGCUACGUCUCCAACGGGUCCGUCUACUUCGAUACGGCGAAGUUCGCGUCCAGCGAGGGGCACUCGUACGGGAAGCUGGUGCCUGAGGCCGUGGGGGACCAGCAGGCCCUGCAGGAGGGGGAAGGGAUGGGGCGGGGCCACGGCAGCCCCCCAGGCAGGGCCGCCCACGGCCCCCCACGGCUGGUGGUACCCAUCACCCGCUGGUGUUGCCGGAAGGCAGUCUGGCCUUACAAUGUGGGGACCCGCAUGGACUCUGACCAGACAGCUGACCUCCUGGUCCUGGCGCCCAGCAGAGCCGCGGGGAGCCCGGGAGGGCGCAGCCUCAGCAGGAUGUGGGGUCCUGCCAGCGGGUCCCUCGCUUUCCGAGUGCAACUCAACACCUGCUCCCGGAAAAGCUCAGGCUCCGAGGGUCGGGACGUCGGGGGGAGGGCAGCCCGGAGGGGGCGCCCCGGAUGGCACAUCGAAUGCUCGGCCAUGGCAGGCACCCUCCUGGGCGCCUCGAUGGACAUCCACGGAGGCGGCUUCGACCUCCGGUUCCCCCACCACGACAACGAGCUGGCGCAGUCGGAGGCCCACUUCGAGAACGACUGCUGGGUGCGGUACUUCCUGCACACGGGCCACCUGACGAUCGCCGGCUGCAAGAUGUCCAAGUCGCUCAAGAACUUCAUCACCAUCAAGGACGCCCUGAGGAGGCACUCGGCGAGGCAGCUGCGCCUGGCCUUCCUCAUGCACGCGUGGAAGGACACGCUGGACUAUUCGAGCAACACCAUGGAGUCGGCCCUGCAGUACGAGAAGUUCAUGAACGAGUUUUUCCUCAACGUGAAGGACCUCCUCCGCGCGCCUGUCGACGUCACCGGGCAGUUCGAGAAGUGGGAGGAGGAGGAGGCAGCGCUGAACGAGAGCUUCUACGAUAAGAAGACGGCGGUGCACGAAGCCCUCUGCGACAACGUGGACACGCGCACCGUCCUGGAGGAGAUGCGGGCUCUGGUCAGCCAGUGCAACCUGUACAUGGCCGCCCGCAAGGCCGCCAGGAGGAGGCCCAACCGCGUUCUGCUGGAGAGCAUCGCGCGGUACCUCACCCACCUGCUCCAGAUCUUCGGGGCCAUCGAGGAGGAGAGCUCCCUGGGGUUCCCUGUCGGGGGACCCGGAAGCAGUCUAAACGUGAGUACAGCCCCCUGCCCCUGGGAAACGGUGCCCACGGCCAGGCCCCUCCUGUCCCCCUGCUCCCGUGGGGUCAGCCUGUGGGCACUGGGGGACCGGCAUCCCGGAGUCCCCGAGGUCCUGCAGCUCAGCGAUGCCCUGCGGGACGACGUCCUGCCCGAACUUGGGGUGCGGCUCGAGGACCACGAAGGCCUGCCGACCGUGGUCAAGCUGGUGGACAGAGAAACGCUCCUGAGAGAGAGAGAAGAGAAGAAAAGGGUGGGGUCUGUCCCGGGCGUGGGCCAUGUGGGCUCCGCACAGUGGCCCGUGUCUGUGUUCCAGGCGGCCAAACUGGCGAAGAUGAAGAUCCCGCCCAGCGAGAUGUUCUUGUCGGAAGGCGACAAGUACUCCAGGUUUGAUGAAAACGGCCUGCCCACACACGACACGGAGGGCAAGGAGCUGAGCAAGGGCCAGGCCAAGAAGCUGCGCAAGCUCUUCGAAGCCCAGCAGAAGCUGCACGCCGAGUACCUGCAGACGGCCCAGUGCGGAGGCGCCCCGAGCCCCCGCCCCAGCUGCUGGCGCUGUGCCCGGCGUGCUCUGCGCAUGUUCACCGAGUCCUGUGGCUCCGGGCCUGCCUCGCGGCUCAGGCGGCGGAAAUAAAGUCUUCCCACAGCCAG